UUGUGUUUGUCAUACCUUAUUAUGACUUUUUUGUGAUGUUUAUUUUCACUGUUUUCUAUGUAUAUUUCUUGAAUUCUGCUUAGAUCUAAUCCAGGAUGAAAUGUAAUGAAUUCGAAAAAAGUAAAUCUCGCCACAUGAACCUGGAGAAUUUGGAUAAAGCAUUGCACGAUCUCGGAAUGUUGAGUGCAAUAACUGAAGCACGGCGCGACUAUUUGCGGGAGUCUAAGACAAAUUACAGCGUGAUGCGUUUCAACACGCGAUACGUGUCUAACGUGACCGUGGGAUACUGUAUGAAACGAGCGACGAACAAAAACAGACUCUGCCCUUACGUAUUACCAAUUAGACAUAGAACUAAGAGUGAAAACUCGGAUGCGAUCAGUAGUGACGUGAGCGAUAGCGGGUGCGAGUACAAAAACAGUUUGCUAGAGCCUUCGACGAGCGGAUACAAGCACGAGUGCGUGAAGAGUCCUGCGAAGCGCUGCCAGUCGCUGGAGAACCUGAACCUGGCGGCAGAGGGCCCGCCACGCGCCGAACCCUCACCCGACAUGGACUGCGUCUCCACGCGCAUCCAGAAGCUGCAAGUCGAUGAAUGACACCACUCACAAGCCACCUCAAAAUCUAGUGUGAUGACCUUCGAAUCGUAUUUACUCUAAGUUAGAGUGGCGAAGGUUAGAAAAUAGUAGUAGUAUUCAAGUGAUCUAAUGAAUGUUGAAAAUAAUGUAUUUUUCAGUGUAUUUAUACUGAUGCAUGGAUUAUUAAGUGUAGAAGCUGAUUCUGAAUGUUCCUAGCUCCUCGGUGUACUUGAGUUGAUUUUGCAUGUAUUGUAUUAUCCACCCCAACGAUAAUUGAUAGUGCAGCUACUUUGAUUAAUGUUUAAGCGAAUUGCUCAAAAAUUUUUGGAAUCGGUACAAAAUAUUAAAUACAUUGUAAUUUAAUUAGACAAUUGUUUUGAUAAAGUUAAUGUAUUUGUUAACUGUGAGAUUUAUAAUGAUUUAUAUGGUUACCCUAAACUUAGCGGUCCAGUGUUGAGAACAAAUUCAUUUUGUUUUGGUCUAAGUCACAUUUAUGCACACUUUUAAACAAAUCUUUUAUAAUUCUACACAUACUUAUGUCAUAAAAGCCAUGCUUCAUAUUUGGUAUGAGUAUUUUAAUGUGAUUCUGCUGGCAUAAUUAAAAUAUUUUCGUGUAAUGUAAUUUCAUUAAACAUAACAAAAAUUGAGUGAAAAUAAGACUGUAUGAAGAUCUCAUCCCAUCCACAAAAAUUCAAUUGUCAUAACAAUCCAUACUAUUUAUUUAUCAUCCACGCUUCUGUGACUUAGAAAUAGAUACUUAUGUUUGUUAACAUAUU